AUGCCGCAAAGAACGGGUAUCCAAUCCACCAGAAACAUCCCGAAGGAGGCUGUCUCCACGCUUGAGCAUGCGCCCGUUCCUGAAAAGAGUGUUGUUUUGCAGGUGCGGGCGGGGAAGGUGCAAAAAGGAGCCUUGGGAGGAGAAAUAACCUCCGCCAUCUACAAACAGGAGCACGACGGGCCCAUCUUUUGCUCUUCGACCGGCUUCACUGGGGAUGAACAUGCUUCUUGGAGGCACGGUGGGACGGAGCGCGCAGUACAUCAGUACAACCCAGACCACUACGCGGAUUGGCAGGCAGAGAGCGCCCCAGAACCGCAUCUGUACCAGAUCGGGGCCUACGGGGAGAACCUGGUUACGACCAACCUGAGUGAAGACAACGUGUGCAUUGGGGACGUAUUCCAGCUCGGCAACGACGUUUUGCUGGAGGUGAGCGAACCGAGACAUCCAUGUCACAAGCUCAACUCCCGCUUCCGAUGGCAGAGAGCGUUGAACCGUACAAUACGGACCGGACGGUCUGGCUGGAACAUGCGCGUUUUACGGACUGGACAUGUCUGCAAAGGCGAUUCAAUCACGUUAAUCAGGCGGCCGUUCCCCCGGUGGUCUGUUCUGAACGUACAGCGAGUUAUCAGAGGAAAACAGGUCCCUCUCCACCUGUUGGCGGAAUGCACCCAACUUCCAAUGACAGAUUUAUUCCUAGGUCUGACCAAGGAUCGAUUGACGCAGGCUCCAAAGACCUAUACGCUAGUUGACGCUCAGUACGUCACACCGCGCGUCAGGAAGCUCACGUUCGAGUUGAAGGAGCCUAUAGUUCUCACGAAUCCUGGAUUUGAUCCUUACGCUUUUGCUCAAAUUACUUUUGGGCCACGCUCUGCAUUUUCUCGGUCGUAUUCGAUCGUCAAUGGCGAUCUGCACAAGUUCAGUCUUGGAGUGGCCCUCGAUCGUCAAUCACGGGGCGGUUCAGUAUACCUUCACAACGAGCUAAAAAUCGGGGAUGAGAUCGGGAUGGCCCCGGGGACGAACCCCAAGGCGCAAGAAAAUGACGCAAAAUGUGACCAGAGUUUGACCUGUGUUGUCAUCGUUGGGGGCGUCGGUAUAACCGCUUUUCUCCCGUCGAUCCGUGACUGGGAGAGUAAAGGUGUGCCAUACCUUAUUUAUUACGCCGUGCGAACUCCGGAAGAGGCUGCGUUUCUAGACCAACUCCCUGCAGACAAGACUAUACUAUAUGUUAGUUCAAGGGGCAAACGGCUUGACAUUAGAAGUGUCAUUCCGAAGCCCGGCCCGGACAAUGCCCAUCAAGCCCGUAUCUUCUCGUGUGGGCCAUCGCGCAUGAUGCAAGAAUGUGCACGGAUCACCUCCGAUCUCGGGUACCCAGAGCAUAUGAUUCAUUUCGAAGACUUCGGGGGCAGCGAGGGCGGUAACCUGGGUGAUGCGUUCGAGGUUGAAGUCGACGAACCAGACACGAACAGGCACGAGAUGUUGACAGUCCCUUCGAAUAAGACUCUGCUCGAUGUCCUGAAUGAAGCAGGGUUUGAUAUCGUAUACUCAUGCAAGUCUGGCGCCUGUGGUGCUUGUAAGGUCAAGGUGUGCCAAGGAGAAGUUGACUACAAGAGCACAGCGCUCCUUGUCAAGGAGAAGGGAAUUGCGUUACAGAGUUGCGUAGACCGUGGUGUUGGAAAGCUCAAGAUAGAGGUAGACUGA